CGCCUUCAACCAAAACCAGCUUCACGCACAAACAUAAGGGAGUGGGAGGUCCCUUCCUGGGCUCCGAGCUGAUGGUUUGUAUCGCCACUUGUCUUCACCCUUAAACCAGCUUUUUCGCACAGAAUAAGGGAGUGGGAGGUCACGUGGGUCGUCCGACCUGUUUGAAGAAACUGCUGCUGGCCAAGAGAUCGACAGGUGGUGUAGAGUUGCUGCUUUCUUUCUGCUCAGAGAAAAAAAACAAAGGGAUUGCCAAUGUAUUCAGGGUCCAAUGGUUAUGCUACCCGUGUUGACCAUGUGCGGGAGAGCCCCUACUACGAUGAGGUUCCCCUUGGCUCCUUGUGGCGGGACGCACCACCAGUACGUCCCCUGCAUGCCAUGCAACGCGGAGCCGACAUCGCUGUCAGCUCGGACCCCCUGCCCCCGCCCCCCUUGCCCGAGGCGCCUGCAGUGGGAGGCGGCCUCUACGGCGCUCCCGGCAGCGCGGGGGACCCCCUGGACCCCGACAGCCAGGCCAUGGACAUCAAACCCGUGCGCCGCUUUGUCCCCGACUCCGUGAAGAACUUCUUCCGCAGCAGCGGCAGAAGCCUCACCCAGGGCUGGCCGGCUCCUCCUCCUCCAGCCCCCCAGGACCCCGACCCCCUCGCCCCCUCCUGGAUGCAGGAGGACAGCAACCGCACCACGCCGGGCGUCCGCUGCUCCCCUCCCCACUCGCCGCCCCCGUCCCCCUCCCUCCCCGGCUCCUACGUGGACCGCGGCGGCGGCUCGGGCGGCGGCCCCGCCUCCCGGAUGGAGCGGGACGGCCUGCUGCUCGGCGCAGAGGCCCUGGGCUCGGUGUCGGAGGCGCCCACCAACAGCUCGGCCAUGACGUACAGCGAGCGCGUGGACGACUACCACCUACGCUACGCCUACAUGAAGUCCUGGGCGGGCCUCCUGCGCAUCCUGGGCUGCGUUGAGCUGCUGCUGGGCGCGGCCGUGUUCGCCUGCGUGUGUGCCUACGUGCACAAGGACAACGAGUGGUUCAACCUAUUUGGCUACUCCUCGCCGCAGAUGUACGGGGGGCUGGGCGGAGGCGCCAUGAGCGGGGCCUACGGGCAGGGCGGGGUUCAGUACACGGGCCCCAAGACGCCGUUCGUCCUGGUGGUGGCCGGCCUGGUGUGGAUCGUCACGGUGAUCAUCCUGGUCCUGGGGAUGAGCCUGUACUACCGCGCCAUCCUGCUGGACUCGUCCUGGUGGCCGCUGACCGAGUGCAUCGUCAACGUGACGCUGGGCGUGUUGUACCUGGCGGCGGGCGUGGUGUACGUGCGGGACACCACCCGCGGGGGCCUGUGCAGCACGCCGGUGUUCAACAACGGCGUGAACGGGGCCUUCUGCCGCACGGAGGCGGGCCAGACGGCGGCCAUGGUCUUCCUGUUCCUCACCAUGACGCUGUACUUCCUGGGCGCGGGCGUGUGUCUGAUGCUGUGGAGGCACGAGGCGGCCCGCAUGAGGAAGGCGGCGCUCGACCAGGAGAUGGAAACGAUUGCGUCCUCCUUACCGAUGUCCAUACUCAACGGAGGAGGUUCCCGGCCAUCAGAGGCCACCCCCCUCCCCACCUUUCAUCAAGAUGAUGCUUACAGCCAGACCAACUCCCGUGCUGGCCUGCCCAUGCCCCUGGAGCCGGAGAUCCUCCAGGGUUACAUCCCAGCCGGGCACAUCCCCAAACCCGUCAUCAUAGCGGACUAUGUGGCGAAGUAUCCCAGUAUCCAGUCGGAGGAACAGAGGGAUCAGUAUAAGGCGGUUUUUAAUGACCAAUAUGCAGAGUAUAAGGAGCUGCAUGCCGAGGUUCAGGCCAUAGCCAAGAGGUUUGGGGAGAUGGACGAACUCAUGUCCAGCCUACCACCUCGCCCCUCUAGUCAGAUGGAAAAAGACCGCAUUGAUGGCAUUAUGCUCGAAUACCAGAAGAAGAAAGCUGACCCAACAUUUUUGGAAAAGCGAGAUAGGUGUGAAUAUCUGAAGAACAAACUCGCACACAUCAAGUUCAAGAUUCAAGAGUAUAACAGUAUAAGCUGGAAAGAUGGCCUGAGCAGCUCUGCUAAGAUACAAAUGCCGGCUAAGAAGCUCAGCCUGCCCCCAUACCAGCCAGACACCCACAGACACCAUGGCAGCAGACACAAGCCCAGUGAGCGUCACUCCCAACCGGUGCUGUCCCACUACCCCGCGUCAGACUACCUCCACUACUACCGCUGGGGCUCCCCGCCCGGCGUCAUCAAGAUCAUCAGCAUCAUCAUCGUGAUCAUGUGCGUGGCGGUGUUCGCCUGCGUCGCCUCCUCGCUGGCCUACGACAGCAUGUCCGGUGGAGGCCUGGGCGCCCUGGUGCCAGGCCUCGGCGGUGCCGGCUCCUACGGCGGCACGUACAGCGGGGCGGGAUCCUACGGCAGCGGGAGCUCCUUCGGCGGGGGCAGCUCCUACGGCGGCAGUGGCUACGGCGGCGGCUCCUCCUACGGGAGCCAGUACAUGGACCCCCGGGCGGGGAAAGGCUUCAUGAUCGCCAUGGCGGCCAUCACCUUCAUCGCCGUGCUCAUCAUCUUCGUGCUGGUGGUGUCCCGCCAGUCGUCGUCGCGCUCACCCAAGUUCUUCCUGGCGGUCAUCAUCAUCUCUGCCAUCCUGGCGUUCAUGAUGCUGAUCGCCACCAUCGUGUUCCUGGUGGCCGUGAACCCCACGGCGCAGAGCUCGGGCUCGAACGCCUACAGCCAGAUCCAGCAGCUGUGUGCCCAGUACCAGAACCAGAACCAGGCCCAGGGGAUCUUCAUCAACCAGUACCUCUACUCCUACUGCGUGGUUGAGCCCCAGGAGGCCAUAGCCAUCGUCCUGGGCUUCCUGAUUUUCGUGGGCCUCAUCAUCCUGAUGGUGUUCGCCAUAAAGACCCGCGCCGCACUGCGGCGCCGGGGCAGAGACCGCGUCCUGUGGGAGGAGGUGAAGAGCCUCAAGGGCGGCUUCCCCAACAGCAUCGGUGAAUGGGUGAACAAUGUGUCUGGGGAACCAGAGGUCAUGCUGAACGACCCUAAUGAUGCGGUUUGGAGCCCCAGGACCUACCUGGACAGUCCCGACUACAACAAGCCCAUAUACCUACCUGGAGACUCGGACAUUACCAGCUCGCAGGGUGGCCUGAAGAAGGAUUCGGAGGCCGACUCUGGCCAUGAACUGGACGAAGAGGACUUCAACAUGGACUUUCCGCCCAUCAUGGAUGAGCAGGAGCGCUUGGACUACAAAAGGCAGUAUGACAAGGACCAUCAGGAGUACAAGGGCAUUCAGGCUGAACUGGAGAACCUGAACGCUGGUCUGGCUGAUCUGGACCGGGAGCUGGACCAACACAAAGAAGGAAGCCCUCAGUUCCUGGAUGCCAUGGAUGAAUACAACAGGCUGAAGAAUAUAAAAAAGUCAGCAGAUUACCAAAUCAAAAAGCAGAGGUGCAAAUAUCUCAAGUCUAAACUGUCGCACAUCAAGCGGAGGGUCAGUCAGUACGACCAACGGCCCUGA